AUGACAGAUAACAUGGCUACUUUCAUCCAUCUAGGGGCUGCUAAUUCUGGUGCCAUUAAGUGUCUUCAGAUUCACAAACAAAGUCCCCGCUUAACCCACCUAUUAUUUACGGAUGACUCAAUCCUCUUUACUGAAGUUACUGAUUUACAGAUUGAUGUGCUCAUGGAAUUGCUUACAACUUAUGGUAAAUUUAGUGGGAAGUUAAUCAAUUAUAAAAAGUCUGCAGUAUUUUUCAGUAAUAACAUCUUGCCAUAUUAUAAAUCUCAUUUAGCCAUGCGGUUGGGUGUUAGUAAUAGAGGAAUUGAAGGUGUUUACCUUGGUCUUCCUUUGUGCAUCCUUCAUUCUAAGAAUACAACCUUCGCUCCUUUAUUGUCCAAGAUUUCAUCACGCUUACUGUAA